AUGGGAGGUAUAUUAAAGAAUCCAUUACCAAGAGACCAAAUAACGAAAGAUGAAACGGAGUCUUCUCUGAGUGAAUUUAGAAAACAGGUUCUUAAGAAUACUCAGUUGAAUGCUAAACUAACUAACGAGGCGAAUAAGAAACUACAACAACAACAAUUUAGUGCUCUCCAUGGAGGUCCUCCAAAGGAUACGUUGACUUUGAAACAUGAAGAAGAGGAAAGAUUACAAUGGAAUCAAAAAAAUUUGAGUGAGAAUGAAAUUACGAAGCAACAAUUUGCUGAUAUUCAUAUUGAUGAGCCAAAGACUCCUUAUCAAGGGGCUGUAGAUCCUAAUGGAGAGUAUUAUCAUGUCGAUGAAGAAGAUGAGGAAUAUUUGAGAAAAGUCAAUGGAGGAGAUGAUAUUCCUCCAAUAAAUGAUGCCGACGAUUUAGAGAAUUUUACCUUGGGUGAACCUGAAUUUAAUAUGGAAGAGACGGAUAAUAAAGAUCAAAGUAAUACCAUUGAAAAAAAUGUGAGUAUAGUUGAAAAUAAUGACGAAAAUAGUGAUGAGGAAGCAGCAAAACAUAGACGAUUUGAAGAAAUGAGAAAGAAACAUUACGAUUUGAAAGAGGUCUUUAAAAACAGACGUAUCCAUGAAAAAGACCCUGUUGAUGAGGAUGACAGUGAUAAUAAUAAUUGA